AUGUCUCCCUCAGCAAACGGCGGUCCCGCCAGUCACAAUGGCAACGGCACACAGCACGGAGCACGGCCGGCUCUGACUCCCGGCCUCUACGUCCCGACCGUGGCAUUCUUCCGCUCCGACGACUCAGUAGACGUCGAAACCACACGCUCCCACGCCGUCCGUCUCGCCUCAGCCGGCGUCGCGGGCCUUGUGACCCACGGCUCCAACGGCGAAGCAGUGCACCUCGACCACGAUGAGAGACAACUCAUCAACCGCACCACACGAGCCGCGCUCGAUUCAGCAGGAAAGACAGAACUACCUCUGAUUGUCGGUUGCGGCGCGCAGUCGACAAGGGAAACUAUUCAACUCUGCAAAGAGGCUGGUGCAUCAGGAGGCGACUAUGCGCUCGUCCUCCCACCAGCUUACUACGGUGGCCUCCUCACCACCGACCUCAUCCUCCAACACUUCCGCGAAGUAGCAGACGCAAGCCCGAUUCCUCUUCUCAUUUACAACUACCCUGGCGCCUGCAGCGGCCUCGAUCUCAACUCAGAUACCAUCAUCAACCUCUCGAGUCACCCCAACAUUGUCGGCGUAAAGCUGACCUGCGGUAACACUGGCAAGCUGGCUCGGAUAGCUGCUGCUACAGCCCCCAAGAAGGGCGACAACAACACGACACCAUUCCGGACAUUUGGCGGUAGCGUCGAUUUCACUCUGCAAACACUCGUCGUCGGUGGCCAUGGCAUCAUCGGUGGAACCGGAAAUAUUGCACCUCUUGCUUGUGUGAGGCUGAUGCAGCUUUGGGAUGAGGGCAAGUUGGCAGAAGCGAGAGAGCUGCAGGCAGUUGUGGCCCGCGGUGACUGGACUGCUAUCCAAGGAGGAUUUGUCUCAGUCAAGGCAGCAUUGCAGGAGUACUACGGCUAUGGAGGGCUUCCGAGGAAGCCUUAUGAUGUUGUUCGAUCCUCUGAUACAGCUUCGACAAAACACUCAUUGCGGUUAUUCUUGCUUCAAGAUCAUAAAAGCCCUGUAAACGCGCCCGUUUCCGCCGUAUUUAGUAUCAUCUUGGAGAAACUCUAUUCCGAUCACGAAGCCAAGGCGCUUGUAGAGGUCCACCCCGUCCUCCAUAGCAUGUAUGAAGAUGGCAAGGCCCAAUUCUUCGGCUUUUGA